CUUCGUGAUGGCUCGAUUCUGCUUUCUUGGAAAAAGUUAGGUUCUUUAAGAUGACUUCUGAGCAUUCGAGUCUACAUAGCAGGCUUCAUUCAUUGCCGAUCGAAUUGCGAUGGCGGAUAUGCAAUGAAGUCUUGUUCAAUCAAGCAGGUAUACCAGAAAUAAGCAUUCUUCUUAGAUCAUCAGGUGAAGUAGAAGGACUGGAUAGAAAUAUAAAGCAACUUCAACGUCAUGCUAUAUUUAGUCAAAAGAGAUGGUCUUAUGAUCGAUUAAAGGUGCAUGAAAUUGUAUUCAAUGCUAUCAAAGGCCGUAAUAGUACACCUUUCAACACCCUGACACAUCAGCCGUAUCCUAAAUUAGCAGCAAUCGUUUCACACCAAAGCUUGAGCGCCCUUCGUCAUGGUAUUAUGCACUCAAUCUUCUUCACAGAAGGGUCCGCUCAAUUUCUUUUUGACGGACUAACGUUUAUGGAAAUGUGCUCUAAAGAGCAAUGCUCAGAGUGGCCAGAUAUCCCACUUUUGGAACGUGUUGUCGAAUAUUGCAUCAAAGAAGAAUCCCGUAUACUACUGAGUAGCUGUACGACUUCACUGUUGCUUCGUAUGUGCACUGGUUCAAUUUAUAAGCAAUUACGAUCAAUCAUCAAGCUUGAAAGGCACGCUCGUCAGAUACUAUUCGAGUGGGACAACUCGGAUCGAUUAGAAUCUCACCUAUCCGUUUUGGAACAACAGGCAAAUCGACAUACGUGGACUCAAGCACUUUUACAUGAAAUGCCAAUAACGACAGCGGUUCUUGGAGUUUGGAUUGCGUGUGAGCUUUAUAAUCGCAAUAUUUCUUUCGCCUGCGUCAAAGUCAUUCUACUGCUUCUCUUAGCAAUCUUGGGACGUCAAAUACACGUAGCUAUCAGGAGAAAGAUUGUAGUGCUAUGUUACAAUGCAGCUUAUACAAAUGAGCAAUAUCUCACCUUGGCCAGAUGGUCAAGAACGUUUAUGAGGCAAAGAAUCGGUAUGCUGAUGUCAAAUCUAAAGCUGCAAGUUGGUCCAGGGUUUUUCUCGAAACAAUUCAAGAUGUGCCCACCUACCCAUGAGGCAGCAAACAUCAGCGCGGAUGCACGUAGACCUUUACGUACUGCAUGGUUAAAUGAAGUGAUGAUCAAGAAUGCAUCUCAUCAUUGCUUGAUUGUCGAAUCCUACAAUGCUGCAGAUCAUUAUUUGAUGACACACGCUUUUAUGCGAACAACCAUUCAACCAAGACAAGUAGCUUUACUUUCUUCAGCUUGGGAUCUAAGAGGAACGAGAAUUGUGAUCAAACAUAGCAGCUCUUCAGAAUAUACUUAUUGGAAGCGUGGAUCGACGUUCAACCUUCAUCGUAAGCCAUCCCUUUUGAUACCUAAGAAUGGCCGGAUCACCGUGAUUGAUGCUGACUUUGCUCGGCAGGAUCAUAUGUUAUAAGAAGUUUUUUUUAUUUAACACCGCUUUUCCAUUCUUUACUCCGAUCUUUGCAUACUUUGAGCUGUAACAUCCUUUAGCAUUUCAGUAUCGAGGAUUACUACAAUUGCCCUCAAUUUAAUGUCAUGCAGGGAAACGAUACCCUUUCAUGUUAUCUCCGACCUGCCACAACGAACUGGAGGACGUCAUCGUUGAAUACAUCGAUCUGAUUAGCUCAUUCUCCCAAAAGACGGCAAUGGCUAUAAUCAUAUUCAAGCUCCCUACCCGGCAAGCUCUCGGUUAUUUUACUCAUUCUCCCAAAAGGGAAGGGUGGCAUUUUAUUGUUGUAUGAUGGCACUCAAGCUGUCAAUUGCUAGAAUGCUGGCACUUUAACCGUGUAUGACUAGAU